UGCUUAUUCGUUCCACAUUUGUCGGGCAAGCUGCGUCGACAGUUCUUCAGUCGCUUGUUGUCGUUGUGACGUUCUCGUUGUCGCCUAGCGCCGUUUAUCGCUUGUUCUUUGCAGCAGCAUAAAAAGUGUUUGACAAAAAAAAGAGGAUUAAGCACAGGAGUAGUACACCUAAAGAAGUUAACAAUUAAAUCGAAACAUUCGAGUGUGAAAAUAUUAUUAAAAACAAAGAGCUUUAAACUGUGUGUUUUUCAAUCGUUUUAAAUAUAUCCAAUUGAAUCAAAAUGCAGUACAUCUAUGUGAUUAGCGCGCUCAUUUUGGCAAUUGCCGUGCAGCAAGGCGCUGCCAUCAAAUGCUUUGUCUGCAACAGCCACAAAGACGCCAACUGUGCGCUGGAUAUACCCCCAGAUAAUUUGCUGAAGGACUGCCAGGAGGAUUACUCUACACGCGGCAAGGGCAUACCGACCUAUUGUCGCAAGAUCACACAGAUCAUUGAGUUCUCCGUGAAUAGCCUGCCACCAGAUAGCCGUGUGAUACGCACCUGCGGUUUCCAGAAUCAAACAUCGACCAAUUACUGUUAUCAGCGCGCCGGCUUUGGUGGCCGACAGGUGGUCUGCUCCUGUGAUACCGAUAACUGCAACGGCGCCUCUGCGCUUAGCGGCAUCUCGGCUUUGGGCAUGCUUGGCACCGUUGGCCUCAUAUUGAGCGCCUUCAAGUGGCUGCAGCGUUAAUUCAGCUGAACAAUUCUGUUGUUUUUUAUGUUUAUUUUUCUCUCUAUUUUUCCUCACACCUCUGCUCUGUUGAACCUUUUAGUUCGUCCUUUAACUUUUCACAUUGAUCUACAAAACAAAAAGCCCAAACAACAAAAACUUUAUGCUCCACCAGUUGCUACAGUUGUUUAAUUUCAGCAACAAUGUCAAAUGGCAAAAGCUUUAUAAACAAAAAGAAACAAAUCUUUAAGUGUAUAUAAAAAAAAAUGAAACAAACAACAAUUGGCCAAUAAAAUUAUGUCAUUACAAUAAUAUGGAUUUUGAAACUAAAGUAUUUAAUAACAGCAAUGAUAAUAGAAAUACAACAACAACAAAAAC